UGCCCGGAGCCCGCACGGCAAGCACUUGCGCUUCCCCAACAUGGCGGCCAUGGUUUCUGUUUGAGGAACAUUUUACAUCUUUAACGCCGAAUUUUGCAAAAAUAUGAAGCGCCAGCAAGACAGAGAGACUCCCACAAAGAGUAAACGUUCCAGAUCGAGUGCUGAUGGACGCGAUAGGAGCUCCCGUGAUCGCGGGAGCCCGGACCAAGAGCGUGAAGGCCGGGGAAACAGCAAGGUGAGCUCUCGAAGUAAAGACCGACCCAGUUCCGAGGAAAGGACUCGAGACAAACGCUCCCGAGACGACCGUUCCUAUGAAGGAGAGUAUCGCAGGAGCAGUCCUAAUGCCGGUAAGGGUGACAGACUUCCAGAUUACAGGUCUUUGUGCGUCAGUAACUUUGGAUCGCACCUUUCUGAGUCCGCGAUCAGAGACGGUGUGUUCCACGAGUUCAAAAAAUAUGGGGAGAUCAACGUGAAAGUAGGGUUCAGAGGCGACGAGCGCGUAGCUUAUGUCAACUUCCGCUUCCCACAGGAUGCAAAAGACGCCAAAAAGGGCAAGCUAAAGCUCGUGUUGUUUGAUAGAAGCCUGCGUGUCGAGCCCGUGUUCAGUCCGAACAAGUACACCCUCCAUACAAACAAACGGGAACGUAGGAGUUUGACCCCAGAGUUCACCAGCCCGACCUACCCUGCCAGCCAGCGGGACGGCCGGUCACCUGUACCCGGCAGGAGGGCCAGCACACGGCACGGUAGUCUCACACGGGACCUGCCACCCAGGGAGAGGUUUGACGAGUUCGAUCCCGGACCCAGAAGCAGAUUGUACGCCAACAAUGAUCGUUACCCCUACGACAUGCUACCAGAGGAUGACCAGAGGGCCACCAGAACCUUGUUCGUGGGAAAUCUGGAGUACAACAUAUCGGAUACCGAGUUGAGACGUGCGUUUGAACCCUUUGGGUAUAUUGAGGAUAUAGACAUCAAGCGACCGAUGCGCGGCCAGGGUAAUGCUUAUGCGUUUGUGAAGUUUACAAACCUUGAUGUGGCACACAAGGCUAAGUUAGCGAUGCAGGGCCAACCUGUUGGUAGGAACCCGUGUAAGAUUGGGUACGGCAAGGCACUGCCUACGACUUGUCUGUGGGUCGGGGGUCUUGGACCCUGGACGUCCCUCGCAGUGUUGGAACGAGAAUUCGACCGCUUUGGAGCAAUCAGGAAAAUAGAUUAUGUGAAGGGUGACAACCAUGCGUACAUAUUGUACGACAGUUUGGAUGCUGCACAGGCUGCGUGGACGGAAAUGCGAGGAUUUCCGUUGGGAGGGCCCGAUCGCCGUUUGCGCGUUGAUUUUGCUGACCCAGAAGGUGCACUUCGAUACCCGGCGUUUCCGCCCGACCGCCGUCCUGCUCGGGAGGAGUUGUUGGUUGAGUUUGACCACCGUGAUUUAGACCGGCGUGGUAGCCGGGGAUUGACGCCCCCUCCUAUGUAUGCGAACCGAGGGAAUAGUUUUGAUGACCGAGCCCGGCAUGACGCUCGUAGGGGAGGAUUUCGCCAGUUUGACGGACGCGGCGACCAUCCCAGGACUAGGGAUGACUGGCAGGAUCGUAACAACGGUGGGAUCCAUCGUGACAUGCGCGAUUGGGAACAAGAUCGGAGUCGUGCUGAUGGUUUGGAUGGGGGGAGAAACAGUGGCAGCUAUGGUGACAAGCGAAGACGUUCUCCCAUGGAUGAUUUUGAUUCCCGUAACCGAGAUCAGACUCCAGAGCGUAACAGGAAGCUGCAACAGCGUUCGCGUUCACGUUCGCCACGUUCUGGUUCCGCCAAGGGUAGUCCCAACAACCGUGAUCGCGGUCGUUAUGCGGGAUAUGCAAGUCCUGACAACAGACGAGGGUACUCACCGAACCGCAAACAUUCCGUGGAGGAUAACUCCCCCAAGGGUGCUCGAGCCUCAAAGCGCCGCCAUUCCCAAAGCAGUGAGGACCGCUUUAUGGACCGGAAUGACAACAACGACGACCGAGACAGGAUUGACAAAGAGCACAAGUCUCACCGUCACGGGCGGAAACUGGACAGCGCAGAGGAACGUGCCAAGGCUGCUGCUCUGAGAAAAGCUGAGAAUCUGAACGAAGUGGCGAAACAUUGCACCUCUGUGUGGCACGGAGCGCUUGUUCUGAAGAAUAGUGCUUUUGGUACCAAGAUGCACACCUGGAGGGGCAGCAGUAUUGUGGAGAGCCUUCUGCUAGACAGGACAGCUCAAACACCUGUGCUGAAAAUCACACAACGUUUGCGACUGGAUAUGCCCAAGUUAGAGGAAGUGACUCGAAGGAUUGAGUCCUCCGGUAUGGAGGGUCACUGUCUCCUGUUAGCGUUACCUUCGUCGGGACAGUUUGAGGACCCGUCACUGCCAAGCCAACAGCGACCCUUGCGGAAUCUGGUUUCAUACCUCAAGCAGAAGCAGGCGGCUGGAGUCAUCAGUCUGCCUGUGAACGGAGGCAAGGACAAGAACAACGUGGGCGUGCUUCACGCCUUCCCACCCUGCCAGUUUUCUCAGGGCCAGUUACGCCGACUGGCGCCCAACCUGCCACAGCACCCGAGUCCAGAGGACCACUUGGUGGUGAUAAUCGUGCGUGGAUGUGCAUAAAGAUUACCCCGAGUUCUGCUUGGAUGUAACAAGUUGUGGCCAAUCUUGUAGAUGUGUUCAUCAAGUAUCUACCCUACUGUCUUGUGAUUGGUGAUACGUUAAUGGCAGUACGAUUUUUGUAUUUACAAUCAAGUGCGUAGCUUCAAGAUUUCUUCUCUACAGCAACCACCAGGAUUUAUCAUUGAAUGAAGAACAAACAACGUGCAAGUCUGGAAUCACCAAAUGUGUUUAUUCCCAUGGAAUAAUUGUGCAGAGGGAACUGAUUGGAACAGUGUGUUUGAAUGGUUUUCUGUGUUGGAACAAGGCAGAGAGAGAGAGAGAAUCACUGAUUGGAAAUUCUACAUCUGUGUUCCCCCACGUGUGUGUUGUCAAUUUGUGGACUUACUUGUUCUGCUGCAAUUUGUGUGCCCGGGUAGUGGAAAGAGAUCACAUGCGAGGCAUGUCUCCUAUACCUCAUCAAAAACACAGCACCGUAUGCUUACCUUGUGCGCUGCAUGUCAAUUCAAGAUGGGAAUAAGUGGGCGGAAUAAAAGUACGCCGAAAUGAAUUGAUCACCAGUGAAUCAUCAGAACUGCUGCAACGUGUUUUACGGAGUACAAGCCGCGUGUUCGACUUGUGGAAUUUUUCCAUACAGAUAAAAGUUACACUUCUUCAAAACAAGGACUGUCGACAGCUUCGAGUGCUGUUUGGAGGGUCGCGACAUGCAACAAGUUUCACAUGUCUGAAGUUCUCGUUGGGAACAGUUUCUGCAUCUUCGUGGACUGUGGUUAUGAAAAGGAAAAGUUUCGGUGUAAACGCAGUAACGUGUGCGCUGAAAUCACUGCAAGUGACUGAAUCUGUGCAACAAAGUGCCUCUUUUGAAAGGGAAACAACAUUCUAUCUGGAAAUUGUCCAAAACAGCCAAACCAGAUGAAAAAUUUGUCAGUAGAGGACAUUGUGAGCCCUCUGUGUGCCACGCCCCCAAAUUAUUGUCCCAGUACCCAGGGUUCAAAAGCAACGGUGCAAAGGACUGUGGGAAUACUGCAAGAUUCAAGUGGGAAGCAGAACAUCUAGAACCAGAGCCGUCAUGCAGUCAGAAGUGCAGCAACCAAAGGACUUUGAAACAUCAUAGAAAAUAUGGCCAACAAUUUUACAAUUUGUUGUGAAAAGAAGCACCUUUCAAAACUUCAGCAUUACAACAAUAAUACAGAAAAUGAAAUAUUUGGAAUUGAUUUGUAAUACCUCUGGAACAUCUGAUUUGAUAUUGAAAUGUAACUUGAAGUUUUGAAAGCUUCCUUCAUCACUACAAAUAUUGUCACAAUGUAUGUUCAACAUCCAAAUGUACUAUGAUAUAUACAGCAAGAUGGUUUUCAAAGAGGGUGGGCAGGAAGGUUAUACUGUCACAUGCAUAUGAACUAUGUCUGAAGAAUGUCUUGAUUGUCUGUUGCUAUAGUGACAAUAUAGGUCAGGUUAUGUUUGUUAGAACAAGGCUAAUACAAUACAGAAUCUGUGGAAAGUAUACCUAGAAAGUCACAAUGAAGGGUACGUAGAUGAAAUAUUGAGCUGUCAUUUUAUGCAACUGACUGUUUGUAUGGACAAUACACAAACUGAACAUCCUGAAAAGCUUAGGUCAGGGUUAUAUGAAUAUGUGUUUACGGUAUUGCUGUAUUAUUCCAAACAUAAACUGUGUAAGAAAAGAAAACAUGUCAGAGGAAUUUGACAACUGCACAAGACUUUUUGGGUUUGAUACAUUUGUGUGUUCAAAUGUAAGAUUAUGCAAUUCUGGACUAUUGCCACUGACAUUAACAAGCAGGGCUUGGUAUACUGUCCCCAGGACAACCAUAUACAGACCUUUUGUAACAUGAAAUGUUGCCCGUGAAGACAUAUUUCGCUUCUUGUAUGUGGAUGACAGGACUGUUUGUUCAAUAAUUGAUAUUGUGAGAUUUACAAGUAUCGAGCAUUGUUAUAAUAUAGUCGGAAUUCUCUUGUGUUUUGUACUUUCUCAAAAAUGUACAAUUUGACGAAACAUACUCGAUGUCACCUUACGGACAACUUUUUACACACGGUGAUUUGAUUUUUAGUAUGUAAAGUUUUCUUGUGCAAGGACUGUACUAUGUUUGCAAAAUGUGUUAUAAAGUACAUUUGUUAGACAAGCCAAACAACUGUUGUCGACAGACAAGAAAAUGCACAAGAUUAUUUCAUGCAGAUGGUUAAUUGAGAAUGGUACUAGUACUACAUGUGAUAUAAGAGAAAUGUUCUGACACCCCUAUGGAGAAGUGGUACAGCCUUGUGUAAAACUAGGGUACUGUUGUGGACCGAACCAUUGCCACGAAAGAAAGGGGUGGCCGUCCAGUGACAUGUCAAGUGUACAGAUUGUUCUGAAAUGAUGAUCAUGAUGGUUGCUUGUAUAGAGCAUGGAAAUUAUUUUUAGAGACCAAUGGACAUUUUAGUUGGAAGGCUGUGUUUUGUAGGUGUAUUUUACAGGGCUGAAGGUGUGAGAUGUGUAGGACUUUGACUGAUCUUGUCCCAAAUGUAAUCAUAGAUCCUUCCUACCCAUCCUAUCCAUAUAGAAAUUAAAGCAUGCAGAUCAGA